UCAUUACCAUAUAAACAAAAACUAUGGAAUUUCUAACUAUAGUUUCUUUAGCAAUGUUGGCAACCUUUUCUCAUUUGACAAUAUCUAUAACAGCAGUUAACCCUAUUGCAGCCACAGGGAAAGAACCAAUCAUUGAGUUAUACAUGCAUGACAUUCUUGGUGGAAGUAACCCUACGGCCCGACCGGUGACCGGUUUGCUAGGCAACAUAUACAGUGGUCAAGUCCCCUUCGCAACUCCAAUUGGAUUCAACACUCCGGCAGGUGGAACUCUCAUCCCUAAUGCCAAUGGUGCGAAUCCAACCGUUAAUGGCGUUACCGGUAUUCCAUUAGGAACUGGUUUAGCUGGUACUUCCUUUGCACCAAACAAUAAUAACAACCAAAACAAUGUUCAAAUGCAGUUAGGACCUGAUGGACUUGGAUUAGGGUUUGGUACAAUAACUGUUAUUGAUGAUAUACUUACAGCUCAACCUGAGUUAGGUUCUCAAAUAGUUGGAAAAGCUCAAGGUGUUUAUGUGGCAAGUUCAGCAGAUGGGAGUAGACAGAUGAUGGUAUUCACAGCUUUGUUUGAAGGAGGGGAAUAUGGAGAUAGCUUGAAUUUUUAUGGUUUGUAUAAGAUAGGUAGCACAAUGUCGCGAUUAUCGGUGAUAGGAGGCACGGGGAAGUUCAAGAAUGCAAGGGGGUUUGCUGAACUGAGACCUCUUAUUCCACCAGGACAGAUUGCUACUGAUGGUGCUGAGACAUUGCUGAGGAUGAGUGUUCGUUUGACCUACUAGAACUGGGCUGUGAAAAAUGGAAAAUCGACCGAGAGGUUUUUACUUUUUAAUAUACAGAUGACAAUGAGAUUGGUCUUGUUUGUUUUAACUUUGAUUGUGAAAUUGUAUGUGAAAUAUUAUUUGUCAUGCAUGAAAUCAUAUUGUGAUAUGUAAUUUUUGUUUGCAAAAAAGUGUAUUGAUUGUAUUCUACUGUUUACUGUCAUCUAAUUAAU